UGUGCGGCAUCGCGUGUAGAGUCGGUGGCGAGAGAAGCAAUCCGCGCGUAAGCUUCUCCAUGUGAAAAAGCUGUUACGCGUCCCACUACCACUGUGAAACAGUCGAACGUCGGUGUGCAUAUACAUGUAAAAGAAGCAUUGCGUCUCUACGCGAGCGUGGUGUCGCAUAGAGUGCGUAAUUAGCACUGUGUGUACCAGCAAGUAGAAGAAACGUCACGUUUCCCAACGAAGAAAAAGGCGAUAUUAUAUACGUAUACUUUAACGUAAGGGAAGCUACGUGAACGCAUAAAUGAAUGAAGUUACAUAUUUAUGUCUAAUAUUUUUAUUGGUGCGGCCGAGAAGAAACGUUGUGUCUCUCGAAUGAAAGGCUCCAUGGGUAGUUAGGGGAGGGAAGAAAAGGGAGAGAGAGAGAGAUAGAGAGAAAAAGAGAACGGAGAGAGAGAGAGAGAGAGAGAGAGCGAAGAGACGGCAAAAGAAAAAGAGAGACGGAGAGACGCACUGUAUCUGUCGAUGGUGGGGAGACAGAGGGAAAAAGAAAGAGCUAGAAGGGGAGAGAGAGCGCCCUCCCCUACCCACCCGCCCGCCCUCCUCCUUUACCCGCCAUACCUACUCACGAAGCUAACGAACGGUUGAACGUAGCGUCGAGUAGACCGCAUCCCAAGUAUAACGUACGUAUUCACGAGGACCUCCUCUAUACAUUGUGGAAAAAACGUGUAUGAAGUCGCUUGUGCUACCAGGAGUACCUAGUAGUGAUAUCGUGUAGUGUGCCGGCUGGACAACAGAAACGUGGUGUGACAGUGAGAGGCACAGUAGCGCGUGCAGUGCGUGUCGCGCGAUAUACGACGGCCACGAACAGGACCCGUAUGAAUGUGUGAGGGUACGUGUACCGUACGUGUGUGUGUAUGUGCGUGGAUCACCUUUACGUGAGAGCGAGCGAGCGAGUGCGUUCGCGCGCGCGCAGCGUUCGCGUGCGUGAGUGUGCAUGUCCUGCUGUAUGAGGGAGACAGAGGAGCGUAUGUGUGGUGCAUGAGUGCGUGUCGUGUAAUUUUUUCGUGCAUCCUUCUCUUUUCCUUGUUGGCGGCACCGUUCGGUAAACGAGGCCGAAGUGACAGACAGACCGUCCGCGUGUACGAUAUGUCGGAACACCACCGCGUAGCCGGUGGCUGGGGCACAGCGAGCCCAGGAAGCCGCGAAGAUGCCUCCGGUGGUACCGCCUGGUGGCCUUCGGGUUUAAACACCGUUUCGGCUGAACAGCAACAGCAGCAGCAACAACAGCAGCAACAGCAGCAGCAGCAACAACAACAAAAUCUACAUCAACACCUGAUGAAUCAACAACAACAGCUAUCGCAACAACAGCAAGCACAGCAACAGCAUCAUCAGGAUAUUGUUAGGAGUACCGCUGCCGCUACCCAGCAGCUUUUCUCCUACAAGAUGGCCUCCAGCUUUCAGAACCCAGCCACCACGGGCACGCAGUCGAAUCCAGUCUCGACGUCUACGCCAGUUGGCUCUUGCAUGAGGGGAGGCUAUGAUUAUAGAUUAGGAACGGGGCCCGGAACAGGCGGAGGUGUACCUGGUACACCUUCCGCACCACCGCCUGGCGUACAGUGGUGGUACCCAGGUGGAGUUAUGGACGCCGGACAGAACAACCUGCAUCAGCAAUUGCAGGGCCAACAGCAGCAGCACCUCUCGCCCAUUACCACACAAACGUCCACGCCCCCCGUUAUGUCCCCGCACCAGAUACAACAAUUGUCGCAACAGAAUAAUCUUCAGCAAAAUAACGCUCAGAGCUUACAACAGCGAGACAAUAUGCCGAGAGGAAAAGAUUCAAAGCCGAGAGGACGGAUGACCGCAUACGCGUUCUUCGUGCAAACCUGUCGCCAGGAGCACAAAAAGAAACACCCUGAGGAGAAGAUCGUUUUCCGGGAGUUUUCUAAAAAAUGUGCAAUGAGGUGGAAGACUAUGUCAGACAAAGAGAAAAAACGUUUUCAUGAAAUGGCAGAGAAAGAUAAAAAGAGAUAUGAUACGGAAAUGCAAAACUAUACACCACCGAAAGGCGAAACCAAAGGUAGAGGCAAGAAACGUAAACACAUUAAAGAUCACAAUGCUCCCAAAAGAUCGCUAUCUGCCUUCUUCUGGUUUUGCAAUGACGAGCGUGGAAAGGUGAAGUCGCUAAAUCCUGAAUUUGGUGUUGGCGAUAUCGCUAAGGAACUUGGUAAAAAAUGGUCAGAUGCAGAUCCUGAAACCAAAUCGAAAUAUGAGGCUAUGGCAGAAAAGGACAAAGCUCGAUAUGAAAGAGAAAUGACUGCGUACAAAAAGAAAAUGAAAGACGGUGCACCUGUAGUAGGAGUUCAACCGAUUCCUGUAAAAAGUGACAGCGAAGAAGAGUAUAAAGAUGAUGAUGAAUAGCGGAUACACGACAAAAUUUCAUCUAUCACCCCGUGUCCUUGAUCCUGAAAGCAUACCUCACCUACUGUACGUACCAUUGAUCUUAGCGUGAGCGUACUUACACUACUAGGAAAACAAAUAACUAAUCACCAGUCCCCGAUUAUUUACAAUAAUAAUUAAAUACCCGCGAUUAUAAUAAUUAUUUUAAAAUUGUAUGUAUGGAAAGGUGCGAGAGAAGAUUGUAUGAGUGACAUUUGUAUUUUAACAUAUUGAUAGUAACAUGUAAAAUGGCGUAGGAUAGCAGAAUAUAAAAAAAAAGAUAUGGUGCCCACUUUCUAUCAGGUGGAAGGCGCAGGGGCUCAAUCAUUGUUGACAUUGUCUCCAGACUAUGUUACAAGCUAACGUAAUUAUCGUAAAGAAAAUCAGGAUACGGCGGCUCCAUAGUUGGGCGGUAUCAUUCAAAAAAUAGUUUGAUAUUUAUCAGUUCAGUUCAUUCGCUGCCAGUGUAAGAAGACUUAUUGUAUAUCCUUGUACAGAAUAUUUCUUUAAAUCAAAUCUGUCGCAGGUGGGGGCAAGGGGCUGCUUUGUAUGAGUGUAAUUGAUUUAAGUAUGUGUCGUAUAGUUGUAAGUAUUAGGAUAAGUAUAUACUUUAAUGCAACUUCGAUUCUACAUCUGCGCCAACAUGUGAUAGUUUCCACUAACAAUGUAUUCUAAACCAUGAGAUUGAGCCUUAUAGCUUAUAAGUGAUUGAAAUCGAAAUGAGUAUCUAAUUCACAUUUUUCCUAAAUCAAAAUUGGGAUGACAAACCCAGCCGUGGAGCAGUGGUAUUAUGAGAAGUACUAUGACAUGGAAAAACAAAUGACUUUAAUUCAUAGAUACAUGAAUCAUUAAAACCAAUUUGGUUUAUUUUAUAAAACUGAUACUGAAAUUUCAAUUUUAUUUUAUCUUUAUAAUUAUAAUCUCAAUUUUUCUUUCUAUCUCUUUUUAUAAUCAUGUAAAAUAAUGAAUUAAUUUUUGUUCUUAUCGAAAUCAAUGACAGUCGUUAAAGACAAAUUAAAAAUGUAAUUGUAAUUUUGAGUUUUAGCUGAUUGAAGUGGUCCCUGCCCUUACCAUCGUCACCCUCCCUCUCAUAUUCAUUUUAUCCAAAUAAUGGAAUACGUUAAAUCCUUUCAGAAUCAUGUGAUUCCAUUCAUUGUUUACAAAAGUAAGAUAGGGCGUCUCUUGUACUGCCUCGAGUCAUCUGGUGUACAGCAGGCUGUAUUAUAAUAAAUUAUUGUGGUUUCUUGUAAUAUUAACAUUCCUAGAUUCUAGUAUGUACAGAUCUUAAGGAUUGAGAUUAGAGCCAACUGUGUAUGAUGCAUACCAAACAAACAAAUAAAAAGGAAAAUCAGGCUAAGUAAUACAAAGAUUUAAGUUUCGUGGCCAAGAUUGGUAUGCAAAACGAAUAUACAAGAGGCUUCGUUAUAGUCAGACUGACUUGCACCUUGAUUUGGCUCAGCAGGUAACCACUACUUUUUGACAUAAAAAAGCUUUUCAUCUCCCCUGCACAUUGUCAUGUAACAGAUAAUUGUACGAUUAUAUAAGCAAAAAACCUGUUCUAGAGGGAGCUAGAAGACGAAUACUGUAAAAUAUGAAAUUGUAAUAUUUUAAUACUGAUUUGCAGAUGUGCAUAAUUUUAACAUAGCUGGUUAAAAUGAAUUGUACUGAUACAAAGGUAUCCAUUCGAUGGAAAUAAUUAAUAAAAACAGAUAUUGAAAAUUAUGACAGAAUUUUCUGUGUUAUUAUAGGGGAUAUAACAGUUAUAAAAGAAAUGUUUGUUUUGUAUAUCUCUUAGGAUAAAUAAACUUUUCAAAAAAUA